AUUAAAAUCGACGCGCGCGCUGACCAGAGACCAACUUAUUAUUUUGUUUGGCCUAAUAUGGAAUUAUAACGCUGCAAAUUCAUCAUGACAUGCUUAGAUUUCUAGAUUUAAGGAUUUUUAAAGAUUUAUUCAGCCAAUGAUUAAAAACAAUCACAGGAAUUUGUACUGGUGGACUCGCGUAAAAUGACUAAUAAUUAAAAAUACAAUACAAUUAAAACAAUAAACACAUAAAAUUGGUUACAGUACAGUAAACAUAUACAUACAAUUACAAUAACUAUCAUAGGUGAUUUUGAGGGUUGAUUAUACAGUCAUUUAUAAAAAAAAAAAAUAAAAAAAAGUUGCAUUGUUUUCUCUACCUCACCCUGUGAAUGUACAUCUACAUUAUAUCAGAUGUAAGAUUUUGUCAGAAUUAUUUAUAUUUUAAUUGUUGGAGUGUCUGUGUUGGUUUGAAAGCUUCGUUUAAUUUCAAAAUUGGCAAGAAGCUCCAGCUCCCGAUUACUUGACUUCCACUGCCUCUUGAUCUGCAUGAUCAUUACAAUAAAGAAUAAUAUUUUUUAAAUGGUUUCCACGUAAAAUUCACGUCUCAACGCGAUGUACAAACAUCUGGCUUUACACAGCCCAGCACUAAACAACAUACGGCAACAUGCCAGCAAAUCCACAAAGUAGACCAUUCUAAUAAACAGAAUUGAAACUAUUAUCCUUGUCCUGUAUUCAGUGUCGUGUAAAUGUCUGCAGCGGCCUUGCACAGUUGCUGGUAGGCUACGGAAUGUCUAGCGCUGCAUAUAUACUACCUGUGUACAGUGGCACUGUGAAUAGAAAUGUUGAAAACACCUACCAUCACAAAAUACAGAAUAUAGUCAGACUUGAUGUUGGAAUAGCUUCACUGUAGUACUCAGAAUCUGUGAAUGAGUUUGUGUGGGCAUGACAAGCGUUUUUUUUAUCAUUAUGGCUCGCCCCUGAAUGUGAAUACUUUUGUUGGCAUCAAUAAGAGAGGAAAUUUCUACACAAUCAUGGGAUCGUUCAGCAGGAAAGUUGCCCUAAUUACUGGUGCUAGUUCAGGGAUAGGGGCCGAGACGGCCAAACAACUAGCCUCUCAAAGCUGCCAAGUGGCUCUCACCGGACGCAGCGAAGAAAAACUACAGAAAGUCAAAGAAGACUGCGUCAAACAGGGACUUGCAGAAGACUUGGUCCUGUUGUUGCCUGGCAACUUAACUGAAGAUUCAUUCUUAGAAAAGGUAGUGAACGAAACAGUGGAGCAUUUCGGAUGUCUCAAUAUUUUGAUAAAUUGUGCCGGCCAGCCAUUCUUAGGCUCCUUGGAAAGUUCAACCAUGGACGGAUUUGACGAGACCUUCAGACUAAACCUGAGGGCGCCCUUCGUCUUGACACAGCUGGCCUUGCCACACCUUACACAAUCCAAGGGUGUUAUCGUCAAUGUCUCUAGCUGUGCCAGCAUCACUGCACAUCCCAGUAGUCUGGUGUACGCCAUGUCCAAGGCGGGAAUCGAUGGCCUAACAUACACCACAUCCGAAGAAUAUGCUGAGCAGGGAGUGCGAGUCAAUGCGGUGAAUCCUGGGGCCACGAUGACGCCGCUCUUCGAAAGAAAUGGUGCUGAGAUAGAUAAGGUAAUUGAGUUGAGUCAGAAGCGCCACCCCUUGGGCCGACCUGGGGAGGCAUCUGAGGUUGCCAAGGCAAUCGUGUUCCUGGCAUCUGAUUCGGCUGCCAUGGUAACAGGUUGUUGCUUGGCCGUCGACGGAGGGCGCUCUGUCCUGCCAGGCGCGCCCCUCACGCCGAUCCAGGAAGAUUCAAGGGUGAAAUAUCCCGUGUAAAAAUGAAAAAAGUAUGGGCAUUUGUCUACUAUAUGUAAGAGAUGGAUAUGCCCUACUUAGUACCCUCCCCUCCUCCAUUUUGUAUAUAUCUCUUGUGCGUAUCAAAUCAUCUAAUAUCCUAGAAGUUUGGAUAAAAUCAUUAGGAUGGGAUAGAUAGAAAUAUAACAUCUUGUCUGGAGCUUUCACUUUGAUGUUUUCUG